AUGGACACUCCUAUAAUAGAAAUCACCUCUUGCAACCCCGGAAACAUUGGAUACGGGCUUUGGACCAAUGUUCACAGGCUUGAUCGACUCUCUACAGCCUCACAACGGCGAAAUGGUCCCCGCGCCAUCUCUUUUGAGGCCAUAUACCCAUUCGCCAUCAAGGAGAACAACCGCAUUGCAUACCACGCCAAUCCCAACGUAUGCUUCAUUGCGACAGCUGUCAACUUCUCCAAGAAGAGAAACCCGCCCCUCCAUCCGCCUUUGGUUGCCUCAUGGUUCAAUUGCCAUGAUGAUGAGAACAUGUCUUUCGACAAGCGCAAAAGUCAAUGGGCAUGGAUAUACAACGCGCUGUCGAAUGUCGCCACCACGUCUCACAUUUUCCAUUUGGAGAUUCUACAUGUGGACCAAAUCAAGGCAUGGCAGCGGUGGACUCUAGAAGAGCACAAAGAGGCGUUAGAAGUACUCAAAACAGGGGCCAGGCUCCCUAUAGUCGACCGUUUGCUUUCCGGGCUCAAUUCGCGGAACCUUUUUUGUAUUGGAUCCAAGUACGGUCUCACGCAGUACGAGUUCGAGUACUACCUGACAAUCCCACCCCCGCGCAGUUGGGAUAGAGUCUUUUACCCUUUCCACGUUCUCUCUCGGCCUCAAGCUCUACAAAAUGGAUGGGACUGGAAUAAAGUCACGGCUUUGACCCGCUUCAUGAUUCGGAAGCCUCUCGAACUACUGCAACAACGAUGCUUUUGA